AUGUACCCGCAAGCCGUCUACCUGCCCCGCGCCCUGCAGCUCAUGUCGCAGCUGCAGCUGCCGGGCGGCGGCCACCCGCCAUCGCUUGCAGGCCAUAUACACGAGAUCCUGGGCAUCUGCAGCCCCCUCCAGGCAAGCCUGAGCCGCCGGCCUUGGCGGGCAGAUGCCGGGCGGCCCAACGAUUGGACCAACCUGAUCCGUGGCCUGAAUGCCGUCGGCGGCAUGCUGCUGGAUGACCGGUGCUUUGACGUGCCGCUGACCCAUGUGGAAGCAACCGCGGCGAAGCUGCGGGCCGCUGGCCACCCGCGGGCGGCGCUCUUCUUGGAGGAGGUUGCCAAGACGGUGGAGGUCACAAGGACGGUGCUGGAGGCGCGGCUAGGGGCCGACAGCAGCCGCGGCGAGGUGAAGAUCAUCGACGUGACGGCCGGGCCCAUGCCGGCGGAUCGCUACGACCCGCUGAUGAUGGACGAGGCCGGCGCCACCAUCGUCGACAAGAAGCUUGGCCGUGUGCUGGUCAACUUUGCCGUGGAGGUGGACCCCGCCACCGGCCAGCCCAAGCAGCUGCUUGCCGGCACCGGCUGGCGGGUGCCGCGCGCAGGGCAGCCGGGCGUCAUCAUCGACGACCGCCGGCAGGGCGUGGGCCUGCUGUGCACCCAGUUUGCACUGACGGAGCUGUGCCAGCUGACGCACUUCAUGGCCUUCGACCUGAGUGGCGGGGUCAAGCAGUGCGGCACCGUCGUCUUUGACUUUUGGCGCAGCAGGGGCCCAGGCCAGGAGCAGGCUGAAGCCCCGGGGUCUGGCCCAGCCUCCUCAGCUGCUGGCGAAGCAGCCGCCGCAGCUGAGGCUGCCGCUGCCCAGCUGCUGGCAGAGGAGGAGCGCGAGGAGAAGCAGCAGGCGGCCAGGCAGGCGGCCAAGGCCGCCAAGCGGCAGCGACAGAAGGAGCGGCAGCGCCAGCGGGGUGCUGUGCCGGCAGGAGAAGGGGCGGCAGGCGUCAGGGUGUGCGCAGCAGAGGGCUGCGGCAACACGAGCGGCCUGCGUCGCUGCAGCGGGUGCAGGGCUGUGAGGUACUGCAGCGAGGCCUGCUCCCAUGCGCACUGGAAAGCACACAAGACAGAGUGCCGGCGCCUGCACACCGCUGCAGCAGCUGCCCAGCCCUGAGCCCCGGCCCACGGCUUUGCGGCGCCCGCCUGCCAACACGAUUGCGCCGCCUGGCCGCCUGCGUGGCGCUUGGAGCCAGCCCGGGAGGCGACCCUUCCCUGCCUUGCUGCUGCGUGUGAAGCCCUUUUCUGUUCUGCUUGUUUCCAAGGCGCUGCUCUUCAACACGGGUGUUCAAGC